GGCAGCGAUGCAGAAAAGUGAAACUAUUAAGCCCAGUCAGAGUACCAUUAUCAGUAAAGAAGUGAGGCAUUGUUUUCGUAAUUAGGCAACGCUUCAAUAGACAAAGCCAAGCAGCACGUGUAGCAGCACACUCCAUGAAGCAUCGAACGGUGAACUUGCAACUGGCCAGGCCCGCACCCGCGCUCCAGCCCCCUGUACUCGAUUGGCAAGUGGCAAGUUCUCUAAAUUUAAUCAAGUUACGCCUGACAGAGUACGUGUGAGAGUUAGUUAGUGUGUGGUAAAAGCCCUGCUUGGAUCAACUGGAUGAUCAACUGGCCGCUUGACCACAAGCCAAAAGCCACCGUCGCGACAGAGUGGCAGUCACAGCCACUUUUGGGGGAAAGGCCGUAAAAUCACUCAACUAAAACGUCCAUAAAAUGUCGAAUGGCUUGUAGAAUUUGGUCUGCAAAAAGAUUUGGAAAAGCGGAGACCCUCAGUUCGAUUCUAAGCGGCGUGCGGAGUGCGUGUUGAGUGCUGCGUCGACACCGAAAAGAGAGACAGCAGGACCCAAAAGACAAAAAAAACACACCGAAAUGUGGCAUCGUGUGGCAGUGCUUGUGCUUGGCAUUUAUUUGCUCGUAACAAUGAAGGCGUCGAGAGGCAGCGCUAGUGCCAGCGCCAGCAACAACAACAAUCGCUUUAAUGGCGGCACUUCCGGCAUCCUUGCGGCAGGCAAGGGGCAACUACAAUUGGAGCUGAAUGCGUGGCAGCCAUUCACACAGCACAACAAUUGGCUUAUCCUGCAGGCAACGGCACCCAGCUCAGUGCAGCCGGAAAGCGAGAGUUCCCCCAGAUUGUUGCCACAGCAACAGCAGCAGCAACAGCAGGAGCAACAGCAGCAACAGCAGCAGCACCAACGACUUCCUGUCAAUUACUACGCCUACGCCAAUCAUCGGUACAAUGAGAGUGCGAGGGGGAGCAUUUCACCUUCGGCGGGCGGAAAUUACAAACAGGUUCGGGCACAGGCAGCGCCAGCGACAACUCUAAGCGAUCCUGCCAGCUAUGUCCUGGCCAUAAGCCAAUCCAUGCGCCGCGGCGAAGUCCGACGUCAGCUGCCAGUUACGGAGGAGGAAGCCGAGCAGGAUGUGCGCCAUGCGGCAGCCUCAACUUUAACUAACUCUGCCCACAUUGCCAAUAACGAUGAUGUGAAAGAUGCCGAUGCCGAUAGCAGUGGCAUUAAAGACACUGAGAAGACAGCUGCUCUGGGCAUCAAUGCCUACUUGGUGCCCUUCCAGAGAGCUCUGGUGAAAGUGCGUAACUUUUGCGACUCUGUGGGCGCUCUUCUCAGCGACGUACUGGACGAGGAGGAGGAGGCGAAUGGGGAGAAUGAGCAGCUGCAGCUGCUCCUAGCAGAUGGGACAAGUUCAAAUAAAUUGGCCAACACCCCACCAGUAACAUCAACAGCCAAAAUAUUCACUUCAAAAGAGGCGAAUGGAGCUACAGUCCAAGGCCGUUACAAUCAUCGUCUGGCAUUGGACGGCGCAGAGGGCCGCAAGCUGAAAAAGUUGAAAAAGAAAAUCCAAAAGCUGCUGCUGCCUCUGCUGAUUGCCUACAAACUGAAGUUCCUCACCCUCAUACCCGUUCUCAUUGGCGGCCUCACGCUACUCGUCGGCACCACGGGCCUGGCCGGCUUCUUCUUUGCUCUCUUUACGGCCGUAAUGAGCCUGAAGACCACAGGUGGUGGUGGUGGCCAUGGCAGCAAAGCAAUCGUCUUGAAGAAAAUCUGAUGUGAUGAUGGCACCGUUUUGUACGAAUAAAGAUUUAGCUAUUGAUUAAGGUUAGUUAGCAGCCAGCAU